UCAUUCCACUCCCAAAUCUCCCGAGCAAUCCUCUCUCCGCGCCCACGUAGCAAACCCUCCACUCCCAAUGGCCCGCACGAAGCAGACGGCGAGGAAGUCCACCGGCGGCAAGGCGGCGCGGAAGCAGCUGGCGACCAAGGCAGCGCGCAAGUCCGCCCCGGCCACCGGCGGCGUGAAGAAGCCGCACCGCUUCCGCCCCGGCACCGUCGCGCUCCGGGAGAUCCGCAAGUACCAGAAGAGCACCGAGCUGCUCAUCCGCAAGCUGCCCUUCCAGCGCCUGGUGCGGGAGAUCGCGCAGGACUUCAAGACCGACCUCCGCUUCCAGAGCUCCGCCGUCUUCGGAGUUGCGGAAAACCACCAACUCGUUAAUCUGUUGCAAAAAGCACCGUCGUUGCAAAAAGCACUGAUCGAGUGAUUUGGGCCGUUUAAUCACUUUCUUACAAGUGGGCCCAGAUUGUAAGGAGCUUAGAUGGCAAAACGUUGACAUACACACCCCUGAAAUAAAUAAAUAAAUGCAAUCAACUCCCUAA